GUCCAUCCGCCAGCGCCUGUGGAAUGCAAAGUAAUGGCAGUAGCCCCCUGGGCCCGGGGCGGAUCCCGAGCCUCGGUGGCGACAAAACUCUGUUUCUUCGUGGCGCGCCUCCCAGGGGCAGAUGGCCAAUAUCGGUCGGACACAGCACCACGUUGUUUCCACGCCAGCGUGCCUCUAAUUGCCGCCUGCCUCUGCUCGGCCGUGACCACCGCAACCACCACCGGUUUUCAGCUUUUCAUUUCCCAUCCUCGUGUAUAUAUCGACAAUUUCUUCGUUCUGUAAUAUAGGCGUGAUCCCGCAAUUUGUGCUGUGUGUGAUGUGCGGCAGAUGUGUGCCAGAUGUGCCUGUCUGCUGUCGCCAGACGACGCAGUGCCUUUUUGGGCACGGCAGAUCCUGGCUGCUGCUGCUGGGUGGAGCCGCCGAGCCGGCCCAGAAGCCGUGGCCCGCGCCUGCGCUUGGUGUCAGCCAGCUGGCUCAGGCACGCCACUGAUCGCCUCCCGCGGUGGUUGGCUGGCGGGUCAGCCGCGCCCCAAAGCGCUGCUGCAGACAAAGGAAGCUCAGCUGGGCGAUUCAGCGCCAGGCAAGCCGCGGGGAGCCUGCGAGGGCCAGUUUCCGGCUCGGCGAAUGGGGUGGCCGCUUCACACAGGCCCGAGUCUGGCUGCUGGCUGCCUUUCCCAACUGACGCAAACCCACCCAGCAGUGUGUCGCCCGCCGCUAUUUUUGCCCUUUCUGCCCAAUUUUUCUACGGGCAGGCCGGCACUGUGAACCCCGAUUUUUAUAUAAACCGCGGCCAGUCCCUGGCCACUAUUUUUCCAUCCUGCAGAACCUCUCCCCUCAUUCACCCCUUCCUACCACACCCCUUGCCCCUCUGUAUUUUCCCUAAUGGCGCUUUCCACAGACACUGCUCUCUCGGAACAGCCGCCGCGCCGCCGCGUCAAGCAGCUGUCGUCGAUACGAGCAUCGCCGGCGUUCUACUCGAUGGCCAACAGCUACUUUGAGGACGGCGAGCCGAUCACAACCUACCAGUCGUUCACCGACCUGCGCAAACUGCUGGACGAGGAGUGCGCAGAGAUCGAGCGCCGCGAGCGCGAGGCCAAGCGCAUCCCCUCGACCAGACCAAAGACACGGCGUUUCGCCCCUGU